AUGCCUCAUCCCAUUCUCGCGUGCUUCCGGGGCGGGGGCAGCGGCGGCGGCGGCGGCGAGGCGUCCGCGUCGACCGCCGCAAUGCGGAGCCGGACGACCUCCGUCUACGAGACUCGCCUCGCUCUCGCAGCGCUCAGUUGGUCCCGUACCGUCCUCGGCCUGUCACUUCGCGCCGUUCUCCGCCUCGAUGGCGAACAAGAAGGGGAUGCGCGAGAGGAGCCCCUCGUUUUCCGCAUCAGGCCGUGGCUUUUGUGGAAGCGGCGCGGCUCGAGGCGGUUCCGCUUCAAUGACCGCGGUGGCCGGCGCCGCUCCGUGGACUUCGUGUGGGACCUCAGGCGCGCGAGCUUCCCACCUUGGGGCAGCUGCGAGCCCUCCGGAGGGUUCUUCGUCGCAGUCUCCGUCGACGGUGAGAUGCUCCUCGUCGCUGGGGAUAUGAUCGACGAAGCGUACAAGAAGGCCAAGGUUCAGCAGAGUCCCGCGUGCAGGGCACUGGUAUCGAGGUUGGAGCACGCGGUGAUGGGUGAGUAUAGCGGCGGCAGGAGGUCGUACCGGACCCGUGCCUGGAUAGGCGACCGGUACCGCGAGAUCUCAAUCGAACUCGGGGCGAAGGAGAAGGGGAAAGAAAUGUGGAUGUCGGUGGAGAUCGACGGCAAGCGGCUCUUGUUCGUGAGGCGUCUCCGGUGGAAGUUCCGGGGGAACGAGAGAUCGGAGCUCGACGGAGGCUGGAUUCAUUUCUCCUGGGAUCUCCACAACUGGUUCUUCCAGUCUAAGGACCGCAAACCGAUACCGCCAGCCGCCGGCGCCCGCGACUCCGCCCCGGAAGAGCUAGGGCACGCCGUGUUUCUGCUUCGGUUCGAGGGCCCGCAGAAGUCAAGUCCUCAGCGAGAGGAUAAUUUUACCAGAAGUUCAAUCUUCAGAAAUUGGGUGACCGAGAGAUACGAUAGAAAGACGGGGCUCAUUAAUUGGAGCUGGAGUGGCAGUGAAGUUGUCGGCGAGCAUAGAAGGCGAGGGAGGAAGAGCAGCACGCAGAAAUCCAGCUACUCCUCUUCGGCUUCGUCGGCCUCGUCAGCUAGCACUUGGUCGGUGAUGGAAUGGGCGAGCCCAGAGGAAGUGGAGCUGCGGCGAGUGCAGGGCUUCUCCCUACUUGUCUACGCCUGGAAGAAUUGAUCCACUGGAGAACAAUUUGGGGGAUGGAACCAAGCCCACAGUUUGGGUGGCUAUUCACUCUGCUGAAUUGUGGGGACUCAGAGACUACAUAAGUUAUGUGAGCUUUCUUGCUUCCGUAUGCCAAUUUUGUCUGUCUGUUCUGGUUCCACGUGCUUGGGCAAUUUGUGGUCAAUUGUCCGUGCAACAACAGUUGUAUCACAUGAAAUUAAUAGUUUGAAGUUCUUCUGUUACUGUAACAGUGAGAACAAGCUGCAACAGUUUGUUAAUGUGAUUUUUUAGUAAA